UGAAAAAUAGUUAAAACUCGAUAGAUAAUAGGCUCGUCUCUUUAUCCUUCUCCAUUUAAAUAUGGAACUUUUGGUUGUAAUAGUAUUCGAACAUGUGGCGUGCACUUAAGCAACACAUCACACGCUACACUCUUACCACUUGACUUGAGCCUUGGAGUUCCUAUUUCAAUUUAUCAAUAGCGUAAUUAGGUUUCUUUGAUCCCAACUCUUGUCAUGAUUUUACUCUUUAUGAAAGAGCUUUCCUCUCAAGGGGUUUCUUAGUCCUUGUUGAGCAUGAAGUGUCAUCGCCGAAAAAUGGAUGUUGAUCUUUGUUGCUUGACUCUUCAAAAAUGUUGCACCCAUGUUGAAUCCUAUAAAAAUACACUAUUUUUAGAGAAUUCGAAACACAUACAUCAGCAUUUUUUAAGAGUUUGAGCAAUAUAAAUGUUGAUAGUCUCGUCAAGCUGAAGAAAUGAGAGUGAUCAAGUGAUACAUGGGGCCAAAAACUGGGCCCUAACAUCACAUUCAUACAGCUGUAAGUCUGUUGUAAUUUCACAAAACGGAAAGAAAGAAUUCAUUCAUUAUCUGUGGGGCAUAUACACUUUUUGAACUUUAGUAGAGUUAUUAUUGGUAUUUUCUUCAAUUAUAUAAAAAUCAAUACAGGAAAAUUAAAUCUUGAUAAGUAGCUUUAUACAACAGAACCAAGUGUUUCACUGUUCUUGAAACUACAAUUUCUGAGAAGGAAAAAGAAAUGGCUGAAUCUGCUGUCAAAAUCUUGAUAAUGAGCAUUGAGUUCCUGCUUGAACAUCCGGGAUCUGUGAUUGGAGGAGUUCGUGACGAGAUCUCGCAUGUGAAACUUGAGCUAGAGAGCAUAGCUUCAUUCAUCAUAGAUGCUGAGAAGUGCAAACAGCAGAAUGAAAGUGUGUAUGUUUGGGUAGUACAGGUUAGGGACGUAGCUUUUGAAGCGGAAGAUAUCAUCGAUGAGUUCUUGUAUCAUGUGGGUAGCAUGAAAAAGGGUGGUUUUUCAGGGCGCCUGUUUGGUGUUUUUUACCUUCCAAAGGUAAAAUGGUUGAGGUACAAAACUGCUAUGGAGUUGAGGAGAAUCAGAGGUGACAUUAAAGACAUUGCGAAACGAAGCAAGAGGUAUGAUCUAAGUCACAUGGAAGCAUCCUCGAGCGUUGGAUCAAAUUCACAUCAUUCCGCCGGAUGUGUGCAAAAUAUUGGAGAGUCUUCACUAUUCAUUGAGAACGACGAAGUUGUAGGGAUUGAUGAAGUUAGACACUCGUUGGUGUCAAGCUUGGAGGGAGAAGAGGCCCACCGUAUUGUCAUUUCUGUUGCGGGCAUGGGUGGUUCGGGUAAGACAACUUUAGUCGCGAAAGCCUAUACUAGCCUGACCGUGAAGAAGAAUUUCGACUGUUCUGCUUGGGUUUCUGUCUCACAAAAUAACACGAUCGAGGACCUGCUCAGAAAGUUGAUCUCCGAAUUCUUCAAUGGAAAAGAAGAUAUGGUUCCGAAAAACUUGAAGUCAAUGGACUACAGACAGUUGGUGGAGACUCUUGUGAAGUUCUUGCACAAAAAAAGGUAUGUUGUUGUAUUUGAUGAUGUAUGGAACAAUAAUUUCUGGAGACAAAUAAGCGUUGCUCUCCCGGACGAUAAAAACCGGAGCAGGAUCAUAAUAACUACUCGAAAUGAGGAUAUUGCAGCUUACCCUUAUGGUCCAGGUGGCAACCGUGUUUUUCGUUCGAAGCCUUUAGUGGAUAUCCACGCGUGGAGGUUAUUUUGUAACAAGGCGUUUUCGAGUCAACCGAAUUGCCAGUGUCCUCCUGAACUGGAGGAAAUAGGCAGGGAAUUCGUGAAAACAUGUGAAGGUCUACCACUAGCAAUUGUUGCACUUGGAGGACUAAUGGGAUCCAAAGAUAGGUCAGAAUUGAAAUGGAGGGAAGUUUAUGACAGCUUAAGUUGGCAUAUAAGCAACAAUAAGUUACUGGAUGAGGUUAAAACAGUAAUGUUAAUGAGUUUCAACGAUUUGCCAUAUUACCUUAAAAACUGUUUUUUGUAUUGUUGUCGUUUUCCAAUGGGGGAAUUGAUUGGAGCAGGUAGGCUCAUUAGAAUGUGGAUGGCUGAAGGUUUUCUGGAAGAAAAAAGAAGUUCGAAUCCAGACGAAGUUGGUAAAAUCUAUCUCAAAGAGCUGAUUUCAAGAAACUUAUUACAAGUUGUAAAGCAUCAGAGUUUUAUAAGGCCGAAGGUUUGCAAGCUCCACAAUCUGAUGUGGGAGCUAGCUCGUUCGAUCUCAGAGAGAGAGAAUUUCUUGUCUAUAUGUAGUGCAGAAGAGUUGGAGAAAGACGAGAUAAGAGCACGACGAUUGUCCGUGCACAAUGUUGAUGGAACGUUUAAGAUGAACGGUAACCUAACACACGUUCGAUCUUUCUCUAUUUUCAAUAAAGGGGAGAAAAUUCCAUUGGAUGAUCUUUUAUCCAGGUUUAGACUACUGAGGGUGUUGGAGUUGAAUGACUCGAAAGUUGACUCGUUACCUAAUGAACUAGGUAAAUUGUUCAAUUUAAGAUACUUAAGUCUGAGUGGUACUGGAAUAAAAGAGCUUCCGAUGUCUGUGAAUCGACUGAGGAAUCUACAGACGCUAGAUAUUAGACGAACAGAAGUGAAUUCACUUCCGAAUGGAAUAACUGAGCUGCAUAAUCUUCGAUAUCUGCUUGCCUACGGUAAGGAGAUAGCAGCGGAUCAUUUUGCAUACUUUAAAGGGGUGAAAGUACCAGGCAAGCUGUGGAAGCUGAAGAACUUACAAGUUCUUAAUUGCAUUGAGGCAAACGCGGAUAUAGCACGUAAGAUUAGGAAAAUGGCUAAGCUUAGAAGGAUUGAGCUGACAUGUGUGAAAGAAGAACAUAUGAAGGAUUUAUGUUCCUCCAUCGACAAACUUAAAUUCCUUCACCAUAUUCUUCUGAUGGCAGUGGAUGAAAAUGAAAUCCUUAAAUUAGACGGUGUAUCAGAAACACGGUCGAACAUUUUCCGGAAGGUUACUUUGGUUGGGAAAUUGAACAACGUUCCUUGUUGGUUUUCUUCGAUGCUCAACGUUAUGCAUUUGCAUUUGCAUUGGAGCCAAUUGCCUGAAGAUCAGGAUUUUAUCCCCUGCAUCAGUCAGCUCCCCAGUUUGGAGCAUCUUGUGUUGGUUAAUGCACACAGCAGCAAGAAGCAACUGUUUUUUAAAUCAGGAUUUCAAAAGCUCGAGGACUUACACGUUUCGUGUUCACCAGAGUUGGAGGAAAUGGAAUUCGUUAAAGGAGUUAUGCCAAAUCUGGUGCGCCUGCAUAUACAUGAUUGUCCUAAAUUGAAGGAGGUUCCUCAAGGACUUGAACAUCUUACCAAUUUGGAACUGAUGAAUCUAAAACAUGCUUCAUCAGAACUUGUUGGGAGUAUCCGUAGCAAAGAAAGUAGCAGUCGUUCGAAGGUUGGACGGAUUCUAUCCAUCAAACAUUACUAUGAGGCUGAUGGUGUUCAGGUGCCUGAAAGCCUGUCCCUAGACUUAAACAGAUUAGUGCGGAAGGUUGAACAGAAGUUUGGGACUUAAAGUGUGCCCUCAUGAGGCAGGAAAAACUUCAAAAUGUGUCUUUUACGUUACUUCGAUAGCUGAGUGGUCAAUCCUGCACCAAAGUCUUCAACAUCUUUUAUGGUGAAUGCGCCGUCCUUCCUCUAGUUUUUGAUGUGCCCUUCUAUCUAUUUCUCUAGCAAUAAUUCUUCAAAUUACUUAUUUUUCCUGGUGUGAUAUAGGUGAAGUGCAAUGGUGCUUGUUAGGAUCGGCCAAAUAAAUCCUCACUGUCUAUGUCGCUUUUCUGUUUGCUAUGUGAAAUACUAGUGUGAGUUGUAUUAUGAACAAUUAGUGAGGAUCGAUCAAAUUACUUAUUUUUCCUGGUGUUACAUAGGUGAAGUGCAAUGGUGCUUGUUAGGAUCGGCCAAUAUAUCCUCACUGUCUAUGUCACUUUUUGUUUGCAUUUAUAUGUAAUACUAGUGUGAGUUGUAGUAUGAACUGUCAAGAGUAGAGAAAACAAAAGAGAAACUGAAGAAUGACUAUCUCAAUUACUUGAUUCCCUUACAUCAGAAUACAUUGGUAUUUAUAUACAAGAGAAAUAAGAGAGGAAAGGAAGUAAAAUAUCCUACACUAAAUGUAAAUCCUACAAAAUAUUCUUCCACUAA